AUGUCCACGAGUGUAGCUAUCCUUUUACUCCUUGGAGUUGCGUGUGCGCAAAACAAUGGAUCAUAUGAACUAAAUAUAAUUCAUUUCAACGAUUUUCAUGCACACUUUGACGAAAUAGCUCUGAACGGCGCCAGUUGCAAUCCCGCAGUUGGCGAUUGUAUUGGUGGUUUUUCACGACUUUACACAGCUAUCAGACAGGCGAGGCAACUGUCUCCUGAUUCUUUGGUGCUCAAUGGAGGAGACACAUUUCAGGGAACUAUUUGGUAUAAUUUCCUUCGAUGGAAUGUCAGCCAGCAUUUCAUGAAUCUGAUACCUCAUGAUGCUCAUGUCCUCGGUAACCAUGAGUUUGAUCAUGGAGUCGAUGGUCUCCUUCCUUAUUUGGAGCGAUUGAAUGCCCCUAUGCUGGGCGCCAACGUUAACACAACAUUCGAGCCAGAACUUGCGAAAUAUGUAAAGAAUCAUAUUGUUGUGGAAAGAAGGGGACGAAAAAUCGGCAUAAUCGGCAUACUGUUGCGGACGUUUUCAGCGCCCAUUGGCAAUGUUAUAAUGGAAGAUGAAUUGGAAGCCGUGAAUCGUGAGGCGGCUAUUUUGUCCAGACAAGGAGUAGACAUUAUUAUUGUUCUGUCACAUGUCGGAUAUGCUUCUGAUAUGAGGUUGGCGUCACGAAUGUCACCGGAGGUCGACAUUAUAGUUGGCGCACACUCUCACAGUUUCCUGAACAAUGGCGAAGGACCAGAUGGAAGCAGACCGGUUGGGGAGUAUCCUUCUAUAGUUACCCAAGAAAAUGGCCAUAGAAUUCUUGUCGUCCAAGCUUCGGCGUAUACGCGCUAUUUGGGUGAAAUAAAGCUAUUUUUCAAUUCAGAAGGCAAAAUAGAAUCUUGGUCCGGACAACCCAUUUAUCUUGGCACCUCUGUUAUAAAAGAUCCCCAGAUGGAGUUACUACUGGAGCCUUGGCGUCGCGAAGUGCGGGCGAUAGGUGAUGAAGUGCUUGGACAGGCUGUAACUUCUCUUCGAAGAGGUUGCUACCGACAGGAGUGUAAUCUGGGCAGCUGGCUCUGUGAUGGACUGCUGGAACAGGUGAUGUCCCGAGCGAGUGAUGGUGCCUGGGGUUAUGCUCACGUUUGUAUGAUGAACGCUGGAGGAAUAAGAAAUCAAAUAAACCCGGGAGCAAUAACAACGGAGGCAUUGCUAAUGGCAAUGCCAUUUGAGAAUAUCGUGCAGGUCUAUGAUCUUCGCGGAGAGUAUCUUCUGCAGGCGCUGGAGUUUUCAGUGGGAGUAGCACAAACCGACCCCAACAACUUUUACAGCUCCAGAAUGUUACAACUCUCAGGUUUCCGUGUGGUAUAUAACGCGACGGCUCCUAUAGGAUCCCGUGUUGUAUCAGCAGCGGUGCGUUGUGUGCGCUGUGAUGUGCCUCGUUAUGAGCCAUUAAAAAAUGAUUCAGUUUACCGCGUACUGACUCAGAAUUACAUAGGGGAUGGCGGCGGUGGAUACACGAUGCUGUCAGAAAAUAGGGAGAAUUUAGUAAAUCUUGAGGUUGACUACGUCAUGAUACAGAGGUAUCUACGGAAACAGGGCAGCGUUGUGAAAGAUCUCGAUGGACGGAUCAAAAUAGUGUAUUAA